AUGUCGCCGUGGAUGGAUGGGGAAGAGAGCUCCAAUGAUGAAAGCAUGGGCAACAACUUUAUGGAUCUGGAGUACUUUGAAACACUUGACACCAUCCCUGAGCCACUGAUUUGUGGUGCUAUGAUGGAGGAAGUUCCCAAGUGCAUGUUGCACCAGAUGAUGCCGAGGAAGUGUGCUGCCUUUGAAGGUGCUGACACUGGUAGGAGGUUUUAUGGCUACCAUGGAUGUGCAAACUGUGGUGUAGUUAAGUUGGUUGAUGCUGUCUGGCCUGAGAUACUUAAGAACUGCCUCAACAAGCUUUGGGAAAUGUUUUCAUGA